UAUGCUUCGGAAUUCUCUUACUUCAACGACUCAUUUAUACCUUUUCUAACCGCUACUCCAUCACGCCAAGCAUAUGCCCCCUAAUAUUCUACCAUUCUUUUCCCAAUAAAACCCUCCACACACACCAAUUACCCACUACUCUUACCCAUUUUGGACUUCUGGGUUUUCCUUUUUUUUUUUUUAAAUUCUGAGACACCCAUGAAGUUCGGGAAGCGUUUGAAGCAACAAAUCCAGGAGACGUUGCCGGGAUGGCGGGACAAGUUUUUGUCGUACAAGGAGUUGAAGAAGCUUGUGAGGCUGGUUUCUUCGGCUCCAAUGUUGCUGAAUGGGUCGCUCGAGUACGGUAAGGCCGAGGAGCAGUUUGUCUACUUGUUGAACAGUGAGAUCGAGAAGUUCAAUGCCUUCUUCAUGGAACAAGAGGAGGAUUUCGUUAUCUGGCAUAAGGAGUUACAACAUAGGAUCAAGAGGGUAAUUGACACGUGGGGGCCGAACGGAAGUCAGCCUUCUGAUGCAGAUUGUAAGGCGGAGAUGGCAAAAAUCAGAAAAGACAUCGUUGAUUUUCACGGUGAAAUGGUGCUUUUAGUAAAUUACAGCAUUGUCAAUUACACAGGGCUGGCCAAGAUCUUAAAGAAGUACGAUAAGAGAACAGGUGGCCUUUUGCGCUUGCCAUUCAUUCAGAAGGUACUGGAGCAGCCAUUUUUCACAACAGAUCUUAUCUCAAAACUUGUGAAGGAAUGCGAAAGCACCAUAGAUGCAGUGUUCCCAGCUGAGGAAGAACAGAGAACUAGAGAAGUAAGGGAAGCAACAACAGUUGCAGAAGAAGGAAUUUUCAGGAACACUGUUGCAGCCUUGCAGACCAUGCAAGAGAUUAGAAGAGGAAGCUCCACUUAUGGCCACUUUUCUCUGCCUCCUCUGAACUUGCCAGAUUCUGAGCUCAUUCAGUCAUUCCAACUCAACUCUCCUAUACCCAUUGUCUAAUGGGGAUGAAACAUAUAAUACUACAGAAGUUAUAUAACACAUAGUUGGGUUAAUAACUUAUAAUUCCUAUAUGUUUUGGGGGAUACAGGCUGCAGAUAUUUAAUUCCUUUCCUUUUGUAUGGUAAACAGAUUAGUGACUUCGAUACAAAGUGUUUGGGAGAUCAAGUUUAGAAAGAAAUUUGUUUAAAUGGGUUAAUUUUGUAGUUCACAAUAUAUAUGGCUUGUUAUUGUGAUCCAUAAAAAAUCAUACAACAAUAAA